AUGUCAUUAUGGUCUGUUCGUAUUGCGACCAGGUUCUGCAAAUCCUCGACCAUUCAGGUUCCUCGGUUCCUCUCUUCUCAUUUCCUUCUUCCUCGUUGCAAUAGUGGCUUGAACAAUUUACUGACAAGUACGGGAACUUCUCGUUUUCGUGCCAUAUGUCGUUGCUCUUCUUCGGUGUCGCAAAGUGAUUCGAGGCACACGGAAAACACGAGCCGUUGUGCUCUUUAUGCGACUCUUGACUCGGUGGUGGAAAUCUUCUCCUUCUAUAGCACGCCUAGCCUUCUUGAACCUUGGCGGCAGAAAUGGCAGGGGCCAAGAUACACGGGCGGAUUUGUAAUUUCCGGAAGGAGGAUUCUUACAAACGCUCAUGUUGUGGAUUAUGACGCAUACGUUCAAGUGAGAAAGCAUGGUUCAUCCACUAAGUACGAAGCAAUAGUUGAAGCGGUUGGGUUUGAAUGUGACUUAGCCAUCUUAGUUGUUGACAAUGAAGAGUUUUGGGAGGAUGUGAAUCCUUUGGAGCUCGGAGACAUACCCUUUAUCGGCGAAACUGUCUCCGUUCUCGGUUAUCCUGUUGGUGGUGACACUAUUUGUGUUACAAAAGGUAUUGUAUCGAGAGUUGAACCUAUAAAAUAUGUUCACAGCUCCACCGAACUAUUGACAAUACAAACAGAUGCGUGUAUCGAUUAUGGAAAUAGUGGUGGCCCAGUGGUCAUAGGAAACAAAGUCGCUGGGAUAGCAUUUCAAGGUUCUACAAAGUUGGACAAGACAGACUACAUGAUCCCAACUCCAGACAUUAAGCAUUUUUUGAAUGGUGUUGAAGAAAGCGGCUAUUACAUUGGUCCUAGUUCGCCGGAUAUAACGUUUCAACGUAUGGAGAAUGCUCAAAUGCGUAAACACUUUAAAAUGAAUGAUGAAAUGACAGGAAUACUUGUAAAUGAAAUCAAUCCCGCGUCAGAUGCUCAUAGAAUUCUGGAAAAAAUGACGUCAUUCUUGCAAUUGAUGGUGUUUCUAUAG